CCUGAUAUGUAUGACUUGCUUCGUGAUUUAAAAGUCACACAUAUUUGUGUAUUUUAUUAUUAAAAGAUUAUUUAUAGUAAUGUUAUUUUAAUCAGUAUUAGCUUAUAAUUAGUGAGCACCAUGUCUACUUCGGCUGUAUAUAUUCUGGAUGUGAAGGGGAAGGUUUUGAUAUCUCGUAAUUAUCGAGGAAACAUUGAUUUGGGUGUUAUUGAUAAAUUUAUGCCACUUCUUAUGGAAAAAGAGGAAGAAGGAAUGGUUACACCUAUAUUACAAACAGCAGAUUGCAUAUUUGCAUAUAAGACAAAUAAUCUGUAUAUAGUAUCUACUACAAAGAAAAAUGCAAACAUUGCUCUUGUUUUCGUAUUUUUGCAUAAAAUUGUACAGGUCAUGGUAGAAUAUUUCAAGGAACUGGAAGAAGAGAGCAUAAGAGACAAUUUUGUUGUGAUUUAUGAACUACUAGAUGAGCUUUUAGAUUUUGGUUAUCCUCAAACUACUGACAGCAAAAUAUUGCAAGAGUAUAUUACUCAAGAAGGGCAUAAGUUAGAAAUUCAACCUCGUAUUCCUAUGGCAGUUACAAAUGCUGUAUCAUGGCGCUCAGAAGGUGUCAAGUACCGAAAAAAUGAAGUAUUUUUAGAUGUAAUAGAAUCCGUAAAUCUUUUGGCAAAUGUAAAUGGCAAUGUUCUAAGAAGUGAAAUUGUCGGUGCUAUCAAAAUGAGAGUAUAUCUAUCAGGAAUGCCAGAAUUAAGAUUAGGCUUAAAUGAUAAAGUUCUAUUUGAAAGCACAGGCAGGGGUAAGUCAAAAUCUGUGGAACUUGAGGAUGUGAAGUUUCACCAAUGUGUGCGAUUAUCUAGAUUUGAAAAUGAUCGUACCAUAUCAUUUAUUCCUCCUGAUGGAGAGUUUGAGUUAAUGUCUUAUCGACUUAACACACAUGUAAAACCCUUGAUAUGGAUUGAAUCAGUAAUUGAAAGGCACGCACACAGCCGUGUAGAAUACAUGAUCAAAGCUAAGUCACAAUUUAAAAGACGGUCAACUGCAAAUAAUGUGGAGAUACUGAUUCCUGUACCAGCUGAUGCAGAUUCCCCGAAGUUUAAAACAACAAUUGGAAGUGUUAAAUAUGCUCCUGAUUUGAAUGCAUUUACUUGGUCCAUAAAAUCAUUUCCAGGUGGUAAAGAA